UCUUGUUUGUUUACCCUGGGCGGGACAGAGGAGGCGGCAAGCAAAAUUUUAUCCUUUUUCCAUUUAUCUCCUCAAAAUGGCGGACGGCGAUGACAGAUUUGACGGGAUGUUGCUGGCGAUGGCUCAGCAGCACACUGGAGGAGUCAUUGAGCUCCUCGACACUUUCUUCAGUUUCUUGGCGCGGAAAACGGAUUUCUACACAGGAGCACCAGAGAACACAGGAGAGAAGAUGGUGCUCGACAAAUACAAGAAAUAUAGAGAAUUUGCAAGAGCAUCCCAGGAGAAGAAGAAGGAAGAAUAUGAGGAGAUAGAGAGGAGGAAGGAGGAGAGGAGGAGGAAGAAGGAGGAGGAGGAGGAGAGGAGGAGGCAGGAGGAGGAGAGGGGGAAGACCAAGGAACCGAAGAUUAAGGAGCUCACGGAGGAGGAGGCGAAGGAAUUGGAGGAAAAAAUUAACAAGGAUAAAGCUAAAACCACAGCUGGCGACUCUUCCCCCACGCCCCCAGAACCCCCCAAGGCUGAUGAUGAUGAUGAUGGGGGCAAGAUGAAACCAAAUUCAGGAAAUGGAUGUGACUUUGAGAAAUACAGAUGGACUCAGACCCUGCAGGAGGUGGAGGUGGCCAUCCCCCUACCGAUAAAGGUGAAGAGCCGUGACGUGGUGGUGGAGUGGGGGCGCCGCUCCCUGAAGGUGGGGCUGCGGGGGGCGCCUCCAAUAAUUGACGGGGUUCUGUAUAACGAGGUCAAGGUGGAGGAAUGCAAUUGGUACUUAGAAAGCUCUCGCACUGUUGUCUUGUCACUGGAGAAGAUCAACCGUAUGGAGUGGUGGUCGCGGCUGGUGACCUCUGACCCCGAGAUGAACACCCAGAAGGUCAAUCCGGAGCCCUCCAAACUGGGUGACCUUGACGGGGAGACGCGCGGGAUGGUGGAGAAGAUGAUGUAUGACCAGCGCCAGAAGGAAAUGGGACUCCCUACUUCAGAUGAGCAGAAGAAGCAGGAUGUGCUCAAAAAGUAA